AUGAGCAAGGGCAGCAACUUGGACCUGACCAUCAUCAGCCAUCUCCUGCACGAGUCCCAAGGGGAAAUGCAGAAGCGUGGCAUACCCUGGCCACGCUUUCUGCGACUCCACGCAGACAACGCAAGUAACGAGCUGAAGAACCAAUUAUGCUUAAAGUUCAUGAGCUGGCUCACUCAUCGCGGGCUUUUCCAGGAGUGCAUGCUGACCACUUUUCAAGUGGGCCACAGUCAUGGCCGGAUAGAUCAGAGGUUUUCAGAGAUACGUGCAGUUCUGGCUGACAGCCCACUGCUCCAGUCACCAGAAGACUUCGCACGGGCGCUGCAGAAAGUCAAGCCGCGCGAAGGCCGUGAACUCCGGGUAAAGAAGCUGGAAGCAGCAAUAGAUUUUGAGGAGUUCUUCAGCUCACUCCAGGUCAAUGUCUCGGGGCACACGCAGACACACUCCAAGUCAAAGCAGGGCGAGGAAGCUGUGCACGUUUUUUCUGUGCAAUUGCGAAAGAACAUCAGCAAGUCGUGGCGCGACAGGAUUGCCUCCUCAUUUCCAGACACUCCCAGUGAGAACGAUGUGAUUCUCACUUGCAGGCAUUACCUGGCAUCAGACCAGGACUCGCAGGAUCCUUGCGUUUUGGUGCCUGACACAAGGAUGAGGGCAUUGCAGGCGACUGCGCCCGACAGCCUUGCACCGCGACGCUCUCUCAGCGAGCGCCAGGCCAAGGAGUUCUCCAAAACAGCAGUUGCGAUCGCAAAACCACCUUGGAACAUGCUGAAGGCUAGCUCUUACUUGUCCAACUUGGUCAAAGAGAACACACAGGGCGGUGGGCCUCAUUGGAAGCCAUUGCCAGUGGACUGGGCUUUGGCCGGGCACCCGCCCGAAUCCUCCGCAGCAAGCGAACCAGCAGACGCCAUAAGCCCAGAAGAGAUGCAAUGGGCUGUACGGAAGCCAGCCACUGUCGCAGCCAAACCUGUCAUUAAAACAGGAGCUUCCAAGGCUGCCGCCAAAAAGUCCAAGGCCAUGAAGCGGCCAGCAGCAGCCCGCAGUCCGGAACCAGUUGGCAAGCGCAAGGCUGCUGAGGCAGCUGGCUCGCCGCCAUGCGGUGCUUCGGCAAACGCUUCUGACCCGCCGCAGCCAGAAGGCUGCGAGGCAGAUGCAGUUUCAUUGCCAAGCCCUGGCAGCGGAGAGGAAGGGCUCCACUUCAAUUCCGCACUACCAGCGAAGCCCACGGCAUCAAGCGCAACGGUCGGCGCACCGCGGGGAGCAGUGGUAGCAGUUCCCACCGACGAGCGGCCCGCAGCCAAGGAAAAGCCACGAAAGCGUCAACUGGGCAAAUUGCCAAUGCCAGAUGAUGCGAAAGACUACUUGGGCUGCACCAAGUGCAAGUACUCCAAUAUCGGAUGCGCCACAUGCCGCCGCAAGGUCGGCCUGGUCUUGAACGCUGAUGAGACUGCGUGGACAUGGGCGACUUGA